AUGAUAUAGUCUGAAUAAACAGUUAUUAGAUUAUCUUAAAUAAGAAUUUAUAAUACUGAUUCUAAAUUAAGAGGAUUACUAGCUUUUUAUUUUAUGGAUUCUUUUGUUGAUACCUCUAUAGAUUCUUUAUUGAUUUAAUAAAAUAAUUGUGGAAAGUUGGCUUGUUUAAUUUUUCAAAAUUCCAAUAAUUAUAGAAUACUUUAGAGUAAAUAAGAUUUUCUUUUAAAAUAGGUUUAUGAUCUGAAGUUAUCCAAAUAUCCGAAAUUCUUGCUAUUUUUUUUUAAAUAAAAAUUUACAUUUUUUAUUUAAAAUCAUUACCACAGAUGAAUAAUUUUGGAUAUGAAGGUACUUGCUUAUUUAUUUCAAAUUUGAACACUUUAAUAAAAUCAUCAGUAUUUAAACACAAUGAAGCUAACAUUUAGGGUGGUGCAAUUACAAUCAUAGGAAAUUAAAAAUUUGUUUUAGUUGAAUCAAUUAUUACAAAUAACACUGCAAAUUUUGGAGGAGGAUUGUCUAUUAAUCUUUAAAAAACCAAUCAAUUUUAUUCGUCAAAGAAUUUUAUAGAUUUAAAGACUGCUAAACUAUUUGGAAAUAAUUAUGCUUAAAUUCCAUCCUAAUAUAACAAUCCCUUUUAAACACAAUUACAGGAUUAGAAAAAGUUUAAAUUAUUAAAACAGAAAAUUUGCUUAUUGAAUAGAUUGUAAUAAAACCGUAUAAGAUUUUCAAAGAUUAAGAUACUGAUACUUUUUACGAACCAAAUGGCUAGCCAUUAUCUAAAUAUGAGUAUUUUGAUUGGGCUUAACUGAAAUAUUUUAAAUAUAAUAUGCAUUUUAGAAUAAAAGCGCUAGAUCAAUAUAAUAAUUAAUAGUAUAAUUUAGACAAUUCAACUUGUGAUAUAACUGAUAGAAUAUUUGAUUCUAAUAAUUAAAAUAAAUUUACAUCAAAUUUCACUAAUAUUCCAAGAGUUGUUUUUAAUAGUUCUGACUACAAUUUAGAUGAUUUAGUUGUCUUUUUAGAUGAUUAAUUAAAUUCGACAUUAUAACUCCAAUUUAAUUGUACUUCUGUUUCUAUUCCAAUUUAUAAUGAUAAUUUAGAAUAAUAAUUGAAUAUCACAAUAACUAUUUUCUUCUUAUAAAUUUAAAGACUUUGCCUUGUUAGUUUGGAGAAAUAAAGAAUUAAACAACAGGUAUUUGUAUCGUUUGUAAUGCCACCUAAGGAUAGUAUUCUCUUAUAAUUAACUCUAAUAAAUGCUCUAUUAUGGAUGAAUUAGAAGUGGAUGAAGUUACUUCUGCAAAAUUGAAAAUAAAAUAAGGAUUUUGGAGACCUUAUUUAUUUUAAUACUGAUAAUAUUUAGGGGUGUAUUAACUUAGUUGAAAAUUGUAUUGGAGGAUGGGAAGUGGGUGAUACAUCAUGUUUUUUAGGGUUAGGACAUUACUCAACCAGUAAUUAAUAUUAAUGUGGACCUUGUACUGAUUAAGAAUUAAAUGCUAUUUUAAUUAUUCUUAUUAGCAUUUGGUAAAAAUUUUAAGUAUUUUUUAGGACAAUAAUUUCUGUAUUAAUAUCAAUUAGAAGUAUAAGAUUCCCAAGCAGGAGUUUUAAUUAAGAUGUUAACUAAUCAUUUACAAGUAGUUUCUACAAUUACAACUUUUAAAUUUAAAUUACCUCAAUAUCUAAAUAAUGCAAUAUGCUUUUUAAUUGUCAUAUUUUCUUUUGAUAUUCAUUAUUCAAGAAUGAUAUGGUAAUUAUAUUUACCUUUAAUUUUAUCACUUUAUUUUUAGGAUUCUUUUUUAUAGGAGUUUUAUUCAAUUACUUAAGUUAUAAAGUAAGUGUUAUCAUUACAACUUUUUUAUAUUUGUACAUUUAUGCUUAACCUUCUUUGAUUGGAGGAUUUUUAUAGUUAAUUUCUUUUCGUUAGAUUUCUGGUUUCAAAUGGAUUUAAGCUGAUGUUGCAUAUAGAUAUGAUACUAAUUCACAUUACUUUUGGUUGACAACCUUUUGUCUUUAAUUAAUAUUGAUAAUUGCUAUUUUGAUUCCAAUAAUUUUAUAUUUAGGAAUGUACUUCAACAAAGCUAAAUUGAACACAAAAGUUAUGAGAUAGCGUCUUGGUUAUUUGUACAACGAGUACAAUAAAAUUUUUCAAAAAGAAUUAAUCAUCAUCUUCCUAACUUAUUAUGAUGAAUUUAUCAUUAAAAAAGGUAUUCUAGUAUUCCUAACAGUUCAUAUUUAUGAGAAACUAAAUAAAAAAAAUUAACCAUAUAGUUCAAUAAAAUUAAAUAAAUUGGAUGCUUUUUCAGCAUAAGUUUGUUAAAUAUCAAUUAUUUUAGGACUUGAAAUAUAUAUAGAAUAAAUAAAUGAUAUAUUUGAGUUUCAAAUUCCUUUUGUGAUUAUGCUUGCUUAUCUUAAUAUCCAUUUUUUAUUAAAAUUAUUAUUUGAAAUUAUAAGCUAAUACUUAAGAACCUUUGAAGUGUACCUUGAUUCUAUAAGAGACAUUAUAAGGAAGAAAGCUCCUUGGACAUUAAAAUAUAGUUUUUUAAAGAAAUGGCUUAUAAAUAGAUAACAGCAAAAGGUGAGAGUUCUCAAGAAAUUCAAAGUAUUAAAAAAAUAUUUGCUCAUAAAAGCCAAACAAAUCAGACAAAUUAAAUGCUAAAAUAGCAUUUUUAAUGACGAAGAGAUUAAAAAAAUCAUGAAUUUUAAAGCUUUAUAGAAAUAAUUGGUACUAUUGGAUAAUCCUAAUUAAUAUCAAUGCUAAAUAUCUGAUAUUAGAUAGUAAAAUUGA